AUGGAUACUGCAAUGAUCAGCCUCCCUGCGGAGGUGGGCGCUGUUUUGAAUGCCAACUUCACGAUCGUCCAGACCAUUGCUAUGUUCUCAAUCGGAGCGUGGAACUCAUUGGAGGUGGUGAUUGGCAUAUUCGAGAGAUUCAGAAAGUAUCGUGGGCUAUACUUCUGGAGCAUGCAAAUUUCGGCCUGGGGAAUAUUGUUACACGGCAUACCAUCUCAACUGGUCUUUGUGCAUACGGCAUCUCCCAUCUCUAUGUCGGCCAUGUUCGUCAUCGGCUGGAUUUGCAUGGUGACUGGACAAGCGGUAGUGCUGUAUUCAAGACUGCACCUUGUUGUGGCCGACAUCCGCCAUGUACGAUGGGUACUAUGGAUGAUUAUAGCCAAUUUCAUCAUCCUCCACAUUCCCAUGGCGAUUCUCUUUUGUCUUACUAUUCGCAAUGUACCAUCUGCCCGUCCAGCGGCAAUCUACGACCGCCUACAAGCAACAGGGUUUGCCAUCCAAGAUACAAUAAUAUGUGCCAUUUACGUCCGCGAAGCACUCCGGGCUCUGAGGCCCGUCUUCGAAGCCAAAGGCUCCCAAGGUCGAAGGAUUAUCUACCGAAUCGUCAUCGCUAAUCUCUUUGGCAUCCUGCUCAACAUAUUCAUCCUCAUCGCCGAGUACAGAGUGCACUACAUCGUCAUCAGCUUCAGAACAGUCGCCUACAGCAUCAAGCUGAAACUCGAAUUCCACGCCCUCAUGCAGCUCCACGAGCUAACACGCACUUACCCAUGCGCUUUAUGCCAAGGGACCCAUGGCAGCCCUCGUGGUUCAUCCGAAAUCAAUAUCUUCGACAUGUUCGCACGUAGUCCCCGGUCACAGGAUACCGAGAUGCAAGUCGUCUCCGGUCUGUCGGGGACCGCAAGCCCGGCAUUCUCAGCGCGCAGCGGCACAUACGAUUUCCAUGAGGCAUUACGCCAGACAACGUCGACUGUAAAUUCUGCUGAGUCAAGGGUAGAUGCUCGGCCUCGGAUCCACUCGUCGGAUACGCAGUCUACGGUUGAAAUUACAUUGCUCGAGCGCUCGAAGUAA